GACUAACUCCAAUGGAGUAGAUUCAGCCCAGUCUUACGCCUAGACGGCCACAAGCCCCCGCCAUCUCCAAUGGAGUAGAUUCACCUCCGUUCAGCAACACACAAAGUAGCCAAGGCCGAAUCCAACAACAAAGCAAGAGCCUCUCCAUUUUUUUCUUCUCUCAUUUUAAUUUUCUUCAGAACAUGGAGAUCUGGAGAGCUACCAAUCGUCUACUGAAAUGUGGUUCUAAGCAACUUCUUGAUCAUCAAUCAAACCGCCAUUUCCUCACUUCUUCCGGUUGCCCAGCUUCAGGUUUUAUGUACGGUUUUCUCAAACCCCUUGGAUCACUAAUUCCUCAUAUUGUGAAUUACCAAAAGUACGUUCACACAUAUUGCCGGUCACCAUAUUACCUGGGUGCAACCAGUUGCAGUGUACAGUCUAGAUGUUUUUCAUCAGACCCAACUGCAAUCAGGAGGAACCCAAAAUUUUCAACAAUAAACUCAGAUGAUAUUAGCCAUUUCAAGAAGAUAUUAGGAGAAAGAGGUGUAGUUGAAGAUGAGGAAACACUUAAGACGGCGAACAUGGACUGGAUGCAGAAAUACAAGGGUGCAAGUAAACUUAUGCUCAAACCAGGAAGCUCAGAAGAGGUUUCUCAGAUUCUUAAACAUUGCAAUUCCAGAUGCCUUGCUGUUGUUCCUCAAGGUGGAAAUACAGGCCUUGUGGGAGGGAGUGUUCCUGUGUUUGAUGAGGUGAUUAUCAAUCUCGGUUCGAUGAACAAGAUAAUUUCCUUUGACAAGGUUAGUGGUAUACUAGUAUGUGAAGCAGGUUGCAUUUUGGAAAACCUGAAUGCUUUCCUAGAUAUCCAAGGGUUUGUUAUGCCACUAGAUCUAGGGGCUAAGGGAAGCUGCCAAAUUGGUGGAAACAUCUCAACAAAUGCUGGUGGAUUGCGACUUCUCCGCUAUGGCUCACUCCAUGGGAAUGUUCUUGGUGUUGAAGCUAUUUUACCAAAUGGCACUGUGCUUGACAUGCUUGGAACUUUACGAAAAGAUAAUACCGGAUACGACUUGAAGCAUUUAUUUAUUGGAAGUGAAGGAUCCCUGGGGAUCAUAACUAAGGUUUCCAUACUUACUCCUCCAAAGUUGUCUUCAGUAAACCUAUGCUUUCUUGCUUGCAAUGAUUAUGCCAGCUGCCAGAAACUCUUGUGGAAUGCAAAAAAGAAGCUCGGGGAAAUUCUGUCUGCAUUUGAAUAUUUGGAUUCCACUGCAAUGGAUCUGGUUUUGAAACAUUUAAAUGGUGUUCGUAAUCCAUUACCGUCCUCUACUUACAACUUCUACGUCCUGAUAGAGACAACAGGGAGCAACGAAAUUCAUGACAAAUAUCAUAAUAUUGGUGUUAGAAAUAGUGCUAAAAUAAUACUCCCUCCGUCCCUCAUAGAUCUUCCCAUUAGCCCUUUUUCUUAGUCCACAAUAGAUCUUCUCAUUUCAUUUUUUAACAAUCAAAAUACCACAACUACCCUCACUUACUUUAUUUAUUACACCUCACCCACCUCAUUUACUACACUCCACCCAUUUUCAUUAAGGGUAUUAUUGUAAUCUUUCACCUUUUUUCAACUCUCCUUAAAAACCACCAA